AUGGCUACUCCGGAAAACAACGAUGCCCACAGGCCGCCCAUGGUCAUGAGCGUGGGGCUGAGCGGCUCCGGAAAGAGCUACUUCAUCAACAAGCUGGCCGUACGAGAGCAGCAGCCUGCGAAAGAGGCGGUGCAGCAGCAGCCAGACUCGUGCACACCGGCAUCGCCCCCGUCUACUCCCCCACCAACCCAGGUGGGGAAGACCAAGGUGAAACUGCUGGACACACCAAGCUUCGAAGACACAUAUCGUAACAAAAACGCCGAUAUCAUCAACAAGAUUCCUACAUCACGUUUGCGAAAGAGGAAAUCGGUCUGGGAUUUGAGGGCGUCAUCGACAUACAUCCCACUACCUACAAUUGCGGAGAUCCUCAGUGAGAACGGUUCAGACCUUCAGCAUGAUUUGUGGCGGGAAUUCACUCAGGAACGCUCCUGA